AUGGAGCCAGGAUUCAACUGCUCUCAGCUCUGCAAUGGCAGCUCCAGUUUUGGCAGCCAGGAGCAGCAUCAGCGGGCGCUGCAGGAGCUCUGCACUGUCACAGUGACAUCUUCUGACCGCAGUGGGAAGAGCUCCCCAUCCUUCUUUGCUGCUCUUCUGGGAAUUGUGUGGACAUUCCUGACUGGAGGAGUCCUGCUGGCACUCUUCUUUCUUGUCUUCACCAUUCGCUUCAGGAAGAACAGGAUCGUGAAGAUGUCCAGCCCCAAUCUGAACAUUGUGACCCUGCUGGGCAGUGGCUUGACUUACACUAGUGCUUACCUCUUUGGGAUUCCAGAGCAGAGCCUGACAUCCGGAGACGCGGUGGAAAAGCUUAUUCAGGUUCGGCUCUGCCUGCUCUGCGUGGGGACCUCGCUGGUGUUCGGCCCUGUCCUGGGCAAGAGCUGGAGGCUCUACAGGGUGUUCACCCAGCGGGUGCCGGACAAGCGGGUGAUUAUCAAAGACCUCCAGCUGCUGGCGAUGGUGGCAGCAUUGGUGCUGGCGGAUGCUGUGCUGCUCUUGACGUGGGUAUUCUCUGAUCCAGUCCAGUGCUUCCGAAGCCUCAGUGUCUCGCUCCGGGCGACAGAGAAAGGCAUGACCUGCUCAGUGAGCCGGGUGCAGUCCUGCGCAUCCCUUUAUUCCGACCUUUGGCUCGUUCUCAUUCUAGGGUUUAAGAGCAUCCUCCUGCUGUACGGGACCUACUUGGCCGGUCUGACCGACAACGUCAGCUCCCCGCCAGUCAACCAGUCCUUGACGCUCAUCGUUGGGGUCAACCUCGUUUUCCUGGCUGCCAGCACUGUCUGCUUAGUUCACCGCUUCUUCCGUGCCUGGCACAACUUGCUGUUUGGUUUUACCUCUGGAGGCAUCUUUGUGUGUACAACCACCAUCAACUGCUUCAUCUUUGUCCCUCAGCUCAGGCAGUGGAAAGCCUUUGAAGAAGAAAGCCAAACCAUGAGCCACAUGGCUAAAUACUUCAGCAGCCCCAGCAGGAGCUGCCGCUCGGUGUACAGCGAGGAGCAGCUCUACCAGCUCAUAGGGGAGAAAAACUCCAUGAAGCGGCUGCUCACCGAGAAAAACGCCGUGAUCGAGAGCCUGCAGGAGCAAGUGAGCAGCGCCAAGGAGAAGCUGAUGAGGCUGAUGUCGGCGGAGAGCGGCUGCAACCCCGGUGUGAUGCCGCCAGCUCCCUGCACUGGGAGCACAGGGCAGUGUGGGGAUGUGCGCGGUGACUGCUGCCCCCCGGCUCCGGAGCUGGAUGGAUGGCAGCCCCCCUGCUUGCUGGGUACAUCACCUCUUGGCAGCAAUGCCCAGGACCUCCAGAAACACGUGGGCCAUGGGAGCCAUGAGCCUGUUUGCUCUCGGGUGAUGGGUUUUGACAACAGGGAUGAAGUGGAAUGUGGCCUGGAAGAUGUCCAGCAGUGCAGGACAGCCAUGGGACACCCUUCGGAGCAGCUACCAGACCAGGGCAUCUCGGCUGGGGUGGCCUGGGAGUCGGCCCCCAAAGUCAGCUAUGUGAGCAGUGAGAAGCUGCGGGAAAUCCUGCAAGACCUGAGCCUGGAUGGCAAAACCUGCAGCCCAGCAUUACCUGUGGGUGUCCCACAUGGCAGCCAGGGCCCCCCAGGAGAGCAGGAAGGAAUGUGGGGUGCCCAGGAGGGCUACCAGGGCAGCCACACACCCUUCAGCCCCUACCUGGCGAGACGGCGGCGGAGGAUCCCACUGUCCCCUGUCUCUGCCCACUGCCAUGGACACGUGUCCCCUUGUGCCACAUGUGGGGGGAAGGAGGCGAGCGUUUGGGGCUGUGGGGAGUCAGCACAUAUCCCCUUGGGGAGGGAAGGGGAGAUGGGUGGCAGAGGGCUCCUGCACCCGCCAGCACCAUCCCCUCCAGCCACCCCUGGGGAGCCCUGUCCCCAGCCAGAGGGAUGGCCUGGAUGGCCGGAAUCCCAGGGAUCUUCAUUGUGCAUCCUUCGGGAGCAGCGGCGGCGGCAGGGCACCCUAAGGGGAACCACUGAGCCCUCCCUGCGCUCCCUGUACUAUUACCCGGACUCGGACUCCAGCAGCAGCAGCUCCGAGGAGAUGUUCCACGGCUGCCACCGGCCCUGCUGUGAGGUCUGCUUCCAGAGCCCGCGCGGCUCCCUGGGCAGCAGCACGGACACGGACACGGACACAGAGGCCAGCAGCUGCACGGGCCACCGGACACAGCAGCAGAGCGGGCCCCAGCCCGUGGUGAACUUCAAAGAGGAUCUGAAACCCACCUUUGUGUGAUGGGGAGCAGCCCUGCCCCGCAGGCAAGUGCCCUCCAUCCCCUGGAACACCACUCGUCUUCCUGUGUGCCUCUGAAGGAUGAGUUUUGUGCUGGCAUCUGGGGUUGGGAAUAAAGCUUGCCCUGCUCAGAUUGCAGUGUCAGCCCCAGCCUGGUCAGUGGUAACUGCAAACCGUGUUUGGCUGAGGAGUGGUUGGCACUGGUUUUGUCCUGGCUACUCUGGCCACCUCCCUGCACCCCACAGAUACCCAGCACGAGUCCAUCCUAGUGCUGGCAGUGCAAAGAAGGGCAGGGUGCCUGGGAGAGCCCAACCUUCAUCACCUCAGAGGGCUUUCCCCAGUGCAGUGGGGAAACAGCAUCGUGUGCCAGAACCAUGCGUGGCUUCUUGCACACCACAGACAGAUGGAGGACUCCUUUCCCCCAGGCUGGUGAUGCAGAGCCUCCCACCAGCAUCACAGCCCGCUGGAGAUGGGAGAUGCACGGACACCAGAAGCAGCUGCAGGCUCACCUGGGGUGUGCUGCUCCCUGGCAAAGCAAGGACCUCGUCAGCAGGCUUUCAGGGAUGGGGCUUUUAGUAGCAUCUGAAUGAGGAAAUGGAGUCCAAAGGUGAUGUCCCUGGAGGUGUCUUUGCAUUUUGUGUAGUUGCACAGUUGUAGGUGAGACUCUGGUCAGAGCUGAAGGGAAAAACAGGCUAGCGAAUGUAAGAGAGGAUCUGAAAAGGUUCUUCUUGGGUUGUUUUAUUCUGCCUUGUGUUUUUGCCCUUUGUGUUUGUAUGGAUCUGGAAUGAGGUUUGUUUAAAUUAAUAUGGUCUGCUUAAUUUUUAUCUUAGAAAUAUCGAGAACAGUAAAUCCA